AUGGCGAACGGGUUGGUGCUCUUCCCCUAUCUGACUUAUUCAAUGGAACGCGGGGAGGCAGAAGAGGCGGACGCGAUGGGGACGGAGGCGUCCCGUGGCGAGGCUGGGUGGAGCAUCUUUAUCGGCCUGUUUGUUGUGGCGGCCAUGAGCGUGGGCGCGUGGUUCCUGUCACCCAAGGGUGAGAAUCAAGUCCUCUGGCGCUCGUCGCUCAUCCUGGCGUUCUCGUGCUGCUAUCUAAUGUGGGCGAUUACCUUUUUGGCACAACUGAAUCCCCUGAUCGAGCCGCGACGGUCCGACCUGCGGGCUGCCUUCAUACACGAAUAG